UAAUAUUCGCAUUGAUAUUUGAUCAUGUGACUCGGCAAUGCGGCCUGGCUCUGCCGAAGGGACCCGCCCAGAAUGGAAGUUUUACCCGACGAGCAAAAAUUACCAACAAGAAAGAAAAAAAAAACCCCAAAAUCUCAGCACAACGCUUCUCUACCAAACGAUGAGAUUGACUUCAUAAAGUUGGCAACCAUGGCAAAUAACCGUGGCCGGGUGAAGUCUCUGGCGGAGCAAAUUGCUGAUUUGGAAGAUCCAACUCCCAAAGAUUUCGAUCCAGAAGAUUUAAAUGACCGCGCGGAAAGCAGCGACGAUCAGUCUUCUGGAGCGGAGGAUGAUAAUGCUAACGCCGGUCGAGAGCAUUACAUAGCUGUUGGAAAGAGCAAGCUCCGCGAACCAGAGAAAGUAACUCUCGGGCGCGAAUAUGCUGGCUCGCGAGUUAGUCGAGAGGCACUUGAAGGCUACGAGAGUGAAGAUGAUCCAUUCCGCAAAGAUUCAAGCGACGAGGACGCGUCAUGGUUAUCUGAUGAGCUUGAUGGAUUGAAAAGUGGAGACUUGGGAGAAGAUGAUUCAGAUGCAGAAUCCGAGGAUAUGGAUAAUGCGCUGGGGUCUGAUAAAGAGCUAGACGGAGCAAGUGAUUCUGAAAGCGAUCAGGGAUUUGGCGAUAGCAGUGAUGACGAGGGUGAAGAUGAUCAAGGAGAGUCUGAAAGUGAAAUUUCUGGAGACGAAGACGAUGAUGAAGAUGAAGAUGAUAAACAGGAGGACGGCCCCGCCCUAUCAGACGACCGGGCUGAAAUAAGACGACUCAUGGCCUCAGAUCACAAAACUGUUGCAGCGUCACUAUCUCAAGCAGCCAAAGCAGAUGCUGCGAAGGGGAGGUCGGUCAAGCGUCAGCGGUCAGCUUUCGGCGCCAUAUUGAACGCACGUAUCAAACUUCAGAAAGGAAUUACAUCUCUUAACGGUCUAUCAUCUACGUUAGAGGAUGAUAAUGCAGCUCACCAGUCCUCGAUCCAGUCCGCUGAAGCUGCGGCACUAGCUCUUUGGAGUACGAUCGAAGAUCUUCGACAUGCACUUGCUAAUGCCCAAACCAGGAACACCACCUCAUCAUCUAAAAAACGAAAACGAGGCCCGCCUCCUUCCGCCUCCACCUCGUCAGCCGAUAUUUGGCAUCGCAUGGAGGAAAUCGAAGCACAAUCACGACUUCACCGUCGCGCUGUGCUUGAUAAAUGGGCUUUAAAAACACGUGGUUCGAGAGCUGCACUACCGAACGCCAGAGGCAAGCUACUGAAUCACGGGGCAACCGACCAGCAAACAAUAACCUCCGUGCUGGAUGCCCACAUUGCCACCCAACUUGAUAGCCGCUCAUCCAAACGCACCUUUACAGAGGACGUCCAAGAACGCCAACAAACCAACGGUACCUCUAAUGGCCCCCACGAAGUAAACGAAAUGUACGACGACUCCAUCUUCUACCAGACUCUACUCCGCGACCUUGUGGAAGAACGCAUGUCUGCCAACAACGGCAUCGAGACACUGCAGAUGCAACUUCCCUCCCUCCUUGCUAUCCAUCCUACCACCGGGAUGCGCAAGGAUAAGGUUAAAAGAGCUGUAGAUACCAAGGCCUCCAAGGGCCGUAAGAUGCGGUAUACUGUCCACGAGAAGCUGCAGAAUUUCAUGCCUCCGGAAGACAGAGGCACAUGGGGGGAUAGCGCGCGGGAGGAGUUCUUCGCUUCGUUGCUAGGAAAAAGUGCGAGGGAUGUUUUGGGUGAGGAUGAUGAGGAUGAGGACGAGGAUGUUGAAGAGGGAGGACUUAGACUUUUCCGGAGUUAGGAAAUGGCGUAGAGAUGACUGAUACUUCUCUUGGUUGUGUUAAAAUUUAUUUGUCUACUAUCUGCUCUAUUGUUAUCGAGCGUCGAGCUACUAAUAUCUAUAUAUCUGCUCUGCUACCAAUGCAACUCCCAUACAUAUCCAGCGAUGGCCUUUCCCAAACUACAUAGAUAAAGUCUUAAAAGGAUUGGAAACCUUUGCCGGAUAAAAAUAAUAAGCCAACGGAUGCCGGUAGUCGCCUGAAUGCUGCAUUACCCCUAUUUAUUUAAAGUUAAAAGACCAGCCCACCGCCUAAUAAAAUAAUAUUAAUUAGAAGAAGCUCAUCUUCAAAUAACCUUCCCAAAAAGAAACACAUAUUGAGGUUAAAAGAAAGGAAAAUGGAAAAGAUUACUCACCAUCAUCAACAAUAUCCGCCCCAUUCACGUAACUCCGCCACCUCGCUACACAAAAACACCACGGGACUUGCCAUCUCCCGGGGAUCCCCCAUCCUCCCCAUGGGAUUCCUAUCGGCCCAUAUUUGGCGACAUGGUGCCAACGCAUCGCCCUCAUUGAGUGCCGUGUCCAUGUAGCCCGGAGAGAUGGAGUUGACAUGGAUGCCGUACUGACUCCAUUCUGCUGCGAGAGAGGCACGGAGCUGCAGAAUGCCGGCUUUGGAGACGUUGUAGGCGGCCUGGGGUUGCGGGUAGUUUACGCGGUGGGCGCUGAUGGAGGAGAUAAGAACGACACGCCCGCCGCUGGCAUCGGAGAUCAUGUGUCUGGGCAGUUUGAGGGCGCAUCUAUGUGGGGAACGGCGAGGGAAGGGAAAUCCUUGCGGAGAGCUUGAGAGACGUUCGUUUUCUCGAAAGCGGAAGGGAGGUCUAGGAGAGCCUGUGUAAUUCAUAUAGAGGUAUCGGAAUUAUCAUGCUUCGUUUAUAUAUAUGACAAACACAAGGAGUAGCUUUUUUAGCGGCAAUGAUUAAGGGGUACUAGGAUGUAAUAUCAUAGGAUGAAUUCCGGGGGUUAGAGCUGUCACAAUAGCAA